AGCUAUCUGUUCUUCUCUGUCUGCUUGUCACUGCUUCUCCCUCCUCUCUCUGCCUCUGUCUCUCUCCGUCUGUCUACCUGCAUCUCUGUCUGCCACUCUAUCUGUCGCUUUCUAUAUCCCGCUGUAUCCGUCGCGCUGUCUGACUUUCUCUCUCUCUCUCUCCCCUUCUGUCUGUCUCUUUCUCCGGCUCGGACAGUCUCGACGACUUCAGGACGAGCUGUGCAAUCAAGGUCUGCUCAGCGCUGCGCUUGACUCACUGUCCGCCUACGGAGUCGGCAGCUCUGGCGGCGGCACCGGCACCGGCACCGGCACCAACACCGGCACCGGCAUCGGCACCGGCCUCGGCACCGGUACCGGCAGCGGCAGCGGCUGCGGACCACUGACCGGAGGACACAUUAGCUCGCACUACCGAGCCAUUCGACACGCUUCAAGCACCGGCCUCGCAGUCGUCUGUAGCAGCGAACGUGCCAGUGAGCGUGGCUUUUCCGGCCGUUUCGCCCGCUUCCGCAGCUCCUUCUGCCGCAGUCCCUCUUCGAACGCGGCCUCCGCCACGCCAGCGCUCGCCACCUCCGUCGGCAUGGCUCUUGUCGCCGCCCCGUCGUCUGCCCCGCCUCCACACACUUCGACCGUCACGGCCACUCCUUGCCUCAUCCGCCAACUCCACAGAGCCGCUUCCGUCGCCGCGACCGCCUCGCCAACCGGCCAUGGCGACAGCGUCGAACCGCGACAAUCGGCUCAUCCAACCGAGACCAUUUUGUCGCCGGGGCAACGAGCUCGUCUGCGAAAUCUCGCAUCCGAGGGCACGACCGAUGCCGGGUUGGGAAAGUUGGGCAACUGGGACCGGAUGGAAAAGGUGAAAAGUGCUCCCACCGUCGUCGGUUCCUCCGAGAUUGUGUUCUCUCGCGGGCCCAUCUCAGCCUCGGACAUGGCAACAGUCAGGACGGCCCAUCUGCCCAUUUCACAUGCCGGGAGGCAAUCUCUCGCCUCUGCUCCACACUUUCCCCAUUCUCCUCCUCCACCACAACCGGCGUCGAAUGGAGCGCUCGCGCCUCUCUUGAACAACACGAAAGCCGUCGACAAACCGUCCGAUCUUAGCAGUCUCCAUGGCGACAACAACCCACGAAGUGCAAGUGAAACGGUUCGACGGCUCGGAAGGAAUGUGGCCGCACCGAGGCCGAACGACGGCCGGACAGACGGUCUUCUCGCCAGCCUGCCCAGCCUAUGGCCGAGAGCG